UGAUGACGCAUCAGGAAAAUACAGGAAGUAAGGCCUACGGGAGCCGAGGUGGGCCUAAAAGACUCCGGGUUCGGGCCUCCUGGGCGGGAGGGAAUGAAUGGGCGCUGACCCGGAGGCGCGUCCGCUCUAGGGACAGGCCUUAGGCGUGUGAGUGGCCGCAGCAUGGAGGACGACGCUCCGGUGAUCUAUGGGCUGGAGUUCCAGGCCCGUGCUCUAACACCUCAGACUGCAGAAACAGAUGCCAUUCGGUUUUUGGUUGGGACGCAGUCUCUUAAAUAUGAUAAUCAGAUCCACAUCAUAGAUUUUGAUGACGAAAAUAACAUUCUAAAUAAAAAUGUCCUCCUCCAUCAAGUGGGUGAGAUCUGGCACAUUAGUACCAGCCCUGCCGACAGAGGUGUGCUGGCCACGUGCUACAAUAAACCUUCAGACAGCAAAGUCCUGACGUGCGCAGCCGUGUGGAGGAUGCCGAAGGAGCUGGAGCCGGGCAGCCACGAGUCCCCCGACGAUUCAUCAAGCACCGCGCACAGCCUGGAGCUGCUCUGUCACCUGGACAACACGGCCCACGGCAGCACAGCCUGUGUCAUGUGGGAGCCCACGGGGGACGGGAAGAAGGUCAUCUCGCUGGCGGACAACCACAUCCUGCUGUGGGACCUGCAGGAGAGCUCCGGCCGGGCCGUGCUGUCCAGUUCGGCAUCCCUGGAAGGGAAGGGGCAGCUGAAGUUCACCUCGGGACGGUGGAGUCCUCACCACACCGGCACCCAGGUGGCCACUGCGAACGACACGACCAUCCGAGGGUGGGACACGCGGAGCAUGAGCCAGAUAUACUGCAUCGAGAACGCCCACGGGCAGCUGGUGCGGGACCUGGACUUCAACCCCAACAAGCAGUACUACCUAGCCAGCUGUGGGGACGACUGCAAGGUGAGGUUCUGGGACACCCGAAGUGUCACCGAGCCCGUGAAGACCCUGGAGGAACACUCCCACUGGGUGUGGAGCAUCCGCUACAACCACUCUCACGACCAGCUUGUCCUCACGGGCAGCAGCGACAGCAGGGUCAUCCUGUCCAACAUGGUGUCCAUCUCCUCCGAGCCCUUCGGCCACCUGGUGGACGACGAUGACCUGAGUGACCAGGAGGAGCGCCGUCCAGAGGAGAAGAGCCAGGAGCCCCCACAGGACAGCGUCAUCGCGACCUACGAGGAGCACGAGGACAGCGUGUAUGCCGUGGACUGGUCCUCUGCUGACCCCUGGCUCUUCGCCUCCCUGAGUUACGACGGGAGGCUCGUCAUCAACAGGGUGCCCCGGGCGCUGAAAUACCACAUAUUGCUGUAGCCCCAUCCUGAUCCGUCUUUGGCAGGUUCUCGAAAACGUGUGGCUCUUUGGAGGUAGUUUUCCAGAUAGACCCGUGUCUGGGAGAACCAGCGUUGCCUGCCUCUCUGGCGAGCCUUCGUACAUGACGAGGGAGCUUCUGCCAGCAGCCGCUGAGCCUGCCUGAAGUCUUCCUCACUGACCACGGGAAUGGCGUCCUCACCGGGGCGUGAGCCGUCCUGCUGUGGAUGGCUGUCUGCCUGGUCUCUGUUUUCUCUCCCUGGUCUCUGUCAGGGUGUUGGGAGUUCCAUUAAAAAAAACAAAAAGAACAAAAAAACCCCACUUUGUUUCCAUAAUAUUAACUCAUUUUUUCUUGAGAUUAAAAAUAAAAUAAGCAAGGC